GCCACCCAGAUUUAUGACAGUCCGCCUCGCUUCCUCGAAAGUUACGGCAUCACUUUAGGCCUUCUAGGCCUAUCGCUCAUGUGCCUGACCAUUCUUUACUUUUCGCUCUACCGCGAAAACAAGAAGAGAGAUGCCAAUGCCAAAGAGCUCCAAGAAAGGGGAGAUGUCUAUCCGCUAGCGUUCGAGGCGUUCGAGGAGAUGUACGGCUAUCAUCCAAAUUUUAGAUACGCGCUAUGA